AGACACAGAUGAAGUUAAAGUCUUCGGCUGUGAAAAACACGAAGAAGAUGUUGAUAUUGAUGGAGAUGAUAGUAGUGAUAGACUUUCACCCGUCGUUAAAGAAGAAGAGUCAUCACCUCAACAAACGUCAUCGAAUAACCUUGCAGGUACAUGA